AAUGUCAGGAUCUUCUCCCAGACCAGGUUCCCCCUUCAUCCUUCUCUCCGCCAUAACCGUUACCAUCAUUAUUCUCCUCUGCCAAAUCCUCCCUGUCGCCGCUAGCAGCUUCGGUGAAACCCUAAAUCGAAGGUCAUUAGGGCUUAAGAAAGAGAAGCUGAGCCACUUCCGCUUCUACUGGCACGAUAUCCUCAGCGGUCGCAACCCCACCGCCGUCAGAGUUGCUAGAGCUUCGACGACGAAUUCGUCAUCGACCGGGUUCGGUCUGAUGUUCAUGAUCGAUGAUCCAUUGACGGUAGGGCCAGAGGUGAAGUCGAAGCUGGUCGGGAAGGCUCAAGGGUUCUACGCAUCUGCUUCGCAGCAAGAGGUUGGGUUGCUCAUGGCGAUGAACUUUGCUUUCAUGGAAGGGAAGUAUAACGGGAGUACCAUUACUAUACUGGGGAGGAAUACAGUUUUCUCGGCAGUAAGGGAGAUGCCGGUGAUCGGAGGGAGUGGGCUUUUCCGGUUUGCUAGAGGCUAUGUUCAGGUCAAGACUCACAGCUUCAACUUUACCAGCGGUGAUGCCGUUGUUGAGUACAACGUGUUUGUCUUGCAUUAUUAG